CUCCACCUACUCUCACUCUCUCUGUUAUAGUGUAAUAAACACAGAAGUCGAAAGUUCAUUUAUUGCAAAUCAAACUUCACAUGACACACUCUCUGUCUUUCUCUCUCUGUGUGUGAGUUCGGGAAAAUGGCUGAAGCCAGUAUUUCAGUAGAUCAGGACCAGUUCAUCUGUCCAGUGUGUCUGGAUCUCCUGAAGGAUCCGGUGACUCUCCCCUGUGGUCACAGUUUCUGUAAGGUGUGUAUUAAUGGCUGCUGGGAUCAGGAGGAUCAGAAGGGUGUCUACAGCUGUCCUCAGUGCAGAGACACUUUCACUCCAAGGCCUGUUCUACGCAGAAACACCAUGCUGGCUGAAGUGAUUGAAAAACUGAAGAAGACUAAAGUCCAAGCUGCUUCUCCUGCUCACUGUUACACUGGACCUGGAGAUGUGGAGUGUGAUUUCUGCACUGGGAGAAAAUACAAAGCCGUCAAGUUCUGUCCAAUGUGUGUGGCUUCUCUUUGUGAAAUUCAUCUCAAAUCUCAUCUUGAAAUUUCUGCUUUCAAAAAACACACAUUAAUUGAAGUCUCAACAAAACCACAAGAGAAGAUCUGCUCUGAACAUGAUGAAGUGCUGAAGAUAUACUGCCGUACUGAUCAGAUAUGUAUUUGCUCUUUGUGCAUGUUGGAUAAACAUAAAGGCCACAACACUGUAUCAGUUACAGCAAGAAGAGCUGAGAAACAGAGUGAGUUAAAGGAGAAGCAGAUGAAAUCCCAGCAGAGAAUCCAGGAGAAGCAGAAGAAGGUGCAGGAGCUGAAACAGGCUGUGAACACUAUAAAGCUGAGUGCACAGACAGCAGUGGAGGACAGUGAGAGGAUCUUUACUGAGCUGAUCAGCUCCAUGGAGAAAAAGCGCUCGGAGGUGACGGAGCUGAUCAGAGCUCAGGAGAAGGCUGAACUGAGUCGAGCUGAACGACUCCUGGAGCAACUGGAGCAGGAGAUUGCUGAUCUUCAGAGGAGAGUCACUGAGCUGGAGCAGCUUUCACACACACAUGAUGACAUUCAUUUCCUCCAGGCUUUAGCUUCUGGACGUCGGUCUCCCCAACUUGAAAGACCAGAUUUUCGCACAUCCAGCAUCACUGUCCAUCAACAUCUCUCAUUUGAUGGAGUGAGGAAUUCUCUCUCAGACCUGAAGAAGAGACUCGAGGAAUUCUGUGAGGAGAAAUUCAGUAAAAUCCCUCCACAAGUUGAGGACGUUCAGAAUUUACCCUCAGAGCCAAAAAGAAGAGAAGAUUUUCUGAAAUAUUUCUGUUAUCUGACUCUGGAUCCCAACACGGUACAUCAUAACCUCAUUCUGUCCGAGAACAACAGAGCGGUGAGAUACAGUAUGAGUGAGCAGCAGUACUCUUAUCAUCCAGAUAGAUUUGACUCCUGGCCUCAGGUGCUGUGUAAGGAGAGUGUGUGUGGACGCUGUUACUGGGAGGUGGAGUGGAGCUGUGAUGGAGGCGUGUACAUAUCAGCCUCAUACAAAGGAAUCAGAAGGAAAGGAAAGGGUAAUGAGUGCAGGUUUGGACGUAACAAUCAGUCCUGGAGUCUGGAGUGUUGUUCUUCUUCUUCUCUCAUUUUCUGGCACAACAACAUUAAGGCUGAUCUCAGAGUUCCAUCAUCCUCCAGAAUAGGAGUGUAUGUGGAUCACAGUGCAGGAACUCUGUCCUUCUACAGCGUCUCUGACACGAUGGAGCUCCUCCACAGAGUCCAUGCCACAUUCACUCAGCCUCUGUACGCUGGGUUUGGGGUUCACAGAGUAAUUGUGACGUUAUGUGAUCCAAAAUAAUUUGUUAUGAUGUACAAGUUUAUUCUUUAGGAUAAACCCCUUGAGAUGAACCAUCUCGUUUUCAAGGGGUCCUAACAUACAAUACAAACAAAAAUAAAUAUUUACAUUUACAUUACAUUUAUGGCAUUUGGCAGAUGCCCUUAUCCAGAGCGACUUACAAAAGUGCUCUGAAGUCUAUCAAAAAUACAUUCUGAUAUUGGCUCGCUAGGUCACAAACUAGGAAUACCAUCAGUCCAAAACAGAGAAGAGUCUCAAUGCAGGUCUUCCUUGUACCCUGAGAGAUGGUGGGACCAGUCGAGCAGUGCUAGAGGAUCGGAGGGAGCGUGGUGCCAUGCGAGGUGUGAUAAGUGCUUUGAGAUAAAUUGGUGCUGGUCCGUUUUUGUCUUUGUAGGCAAGCAUCAGUGUUUUAAAUCUGAUGCAGGCAGCUACAGGAAGCCAGUGGAGGGAGCGCAGCAAUGGGGUGGUGUGAGAAAAUUUAAGAAGGUUGAAAACCAAUCGUGCAGCUGCAUUCUGGAUCAGAUGCAGAGGAUGAAUGGCGCUCAGAGGCAGACCUGCCAGGAGUGAGGUGCAGUAGUCCAGUCUUGAAAUGACAAGGGACUGAACAAGCACCUGUGUGGCCUGUGAGGAAAGAAAUGGACGAAUUCUUCUGAUGUUAUAAAGGAGAAAUCGACAUGAGCGCAUCAGAUUAGCAAUGUGAGAGGAGAAGGACAGUUGAUUGUCCAUGGUUAUCCCAAGGUUGCGUGCGGUAACCGAAGACGAGAUCAGAGAAUUGUCUAGGGAGAUUGCAAGAUCCUGAGAUGGGGAUGAAUCACCUGGGAUGAACAGCAGUUCAGUUUAGCUGGGAUUAAGUUUCAGCUGAUGAGCUGUCAUCCAUGAUGAGAUGUCUGCCAGACAUGCUGAUAUCUGAGCAGAAACAGGAGUGUCUGAGGGAGGGAAGGAGAGGAUGAGUUGAGUGUCAUCUGCAUAGCAGUGGUAUGAAAACCCAUGUGAGGAUAUGACCGCACCAGGAGCUCGAGUAUAGAGGGAGAACAGGAGUGGACCUGUAAAUCUGAAAUAAAAAUGAAAAAACAGUAAAGUAAUAAGAAAAACAAAACAACAAUCAGCACACAGACGUCAAAAGAAUAAGUACAUUGGUGAACACAACCAGUAAAUGUCCACAGCAAGGCCGUGAACAAAUAAACAAAUGUUUGCCCAGCAAUGAUAUGAUAUUAUAUUUAUAUAUUAUAAUUGUUGUUAGUUAUUUUACUAAUAACUAAAGGCUUAAAUAUUAAUAUCUAAGUAAUUUUGAGACUGAUGAUGAAGCUCCUCCACAGAGUCCACACCACAUUCACUCAGCCUCUGUACGCUGGGUUCAGGUUAUACACGCCUACGUCUGUUUUGUAUAAAUCGGGAACAACUGUGAGGUUAUGUGAUCCAUAUUAAUGCCCAUGGUAUAUUAUUAUACCUCCACUACUUUACUUAAACCUGAGAUGGUGGAAAUGCUCACUUCUCACUUUCCUGUCUUUUUAGGAUAUCAGUUCUGGACAAUUAAAUCUUUUAUCAUGAUUUUUUUAAAAAUGGAAAAUCACGAGCAGGAAAAACUCAUUAUCGAACAAGCCUAGAUAGUUUCAAUUAAAAAUUCAUGCGUACGUCCUCACUGAUCCUCAACUGUGACAAAACUUUAAAGAAUUAAGGUAAUUAACGUAUACAAGUUGAUCACAAAUUAUCUUAUUCAAAUCUUCUACUGAUUUCAGCAUGAUUAUUCCUAAACGAAAAGUUUCUCCUUUUAGUGCAUAUUAUUCAUUUCUUUAUUGACUCUAAUAAUGAUUCUUUGUAAUUCUCAUGAUUCUUUGAAAAGUCUCCUGAAGCUCAGAUUAAUGCAUGUUAUUUCUUUUAUGACUUCUAAAUAAAUAAAUGUCUUUAUAUCUGUGGAAAACCUGUGUAAACAGAGACUUGUGUUAUUAGUAGUAAUUUAUGUAACUUGUGUUAUUAGUAGUAAUAUUAUUUCUCUAAGCAUUGUGGAUACAAAUUGCAAAAUAACACACAUCCUGUUUGUAGGUUUUAGUAGUAAAUCCAUUUCCGUCAUUUAGGAUUAAGAAAGAUCAGUUAGAUAUUAAUUCAUGAAAUAAUCAUACAUUCAUUACGCCAAUAAAAGUCUUCCACAUUGCUGUAAUUGCACUUAACAGGGACGUGUUGCAGUCCGGACUGCUUUUAGUGUGACACGCCGGAGACGACUGACAGACAUUUUGUUAUGUUUUGACUAGAUGCUUGAAGGAAACUAACCAAAAUAAACUACUAACAGUUAGGAUUUUAGAGGUAUUCAGGACAUAUGGACACUUUAAUAGUGUUAUUAGUUAAUUUCAGUCGCUGUGUGGAGAAAUGAGAUUUAUUUCGCGGUAGUAUUAAUCCGUUAAAGCUGCUCUGCUAAUCCACACAGCUAGUGAGUCAUUUUACUGAAUCGAUUCAUUCAGGGAUUCGAUUCCUUUGAUACCUGAUUCAGUAAAUACAAGAGAGAGUUUAAAUGCGUCGUCUAUUAUAUAAAAAAGUCUGUGUGACCAUUAAAAACGUUCAUUAUUACUGUUUUGUUUUAUUUCUUAUUAAAUACAACCAUCAUUGUGACAUUGUAAUGUGAAAAUGUCAAAUAAUUAUAUAGUAAAUAAAUAAAUCAAUCAAUAAAAGUGAUAUACACUUAAUAAUUUUGAGUUUGUGUAAUAAAAUACUACCACAGAAACAUUUACUGAUGGUAUGGGGCUAGUCACUGUGCACCACUAAUGACACUAAAAUAUUUUAUAAAGGUCAAAUUUAACUCUUUAACUCAAAUUUACUUAAUUUAAAGUGCAGGAUUUUUUAAAACUUGAAGUUAAAAUGAUAUUUUUUAAGUAAAAGUGAAUGAUAAUCUCU